AUGGCACAUAAUAAUUUGCCGAAUGGUAUGAAUAAUAACCGUCGAUUACCAUCAAUGGCUAUGUCAACAAACAACCAAAUUACACAAGAUAAUGGAUAUGAAUUUGAACUCAUGAAAUUAAUGGAACAAGAACGUCAAUUACUUGCUGCUCGACAACAAGUACAACGAGAAAAUAUAGUAGCUAAACAACAACAACAACAGCAACAGCAACAACAGCAACAACAGCAACAACAGCAACAGCAACAACAGCAACACCAAUAUUUUGCAUAUGGCAAUGAGAUAUAUUCAGAUUCACAAGCACAAUCUAUCUCUCAAGUUAAUCGAAAUAUUAUUCCAGCUAUAAAACCAUUACGAAUUAUUAUUAUUCGUCAUGCUGAACGCGCUGAUGCUGUUUUAGGAUCAGAUUGGUCAAAGAAAAGUUUUGAUCGAAAUGGUCGUUAUAUACGAUUUACUGAACAUUUACCUGACGCAUUACCAACUCGAUCUUAUUUACAUCACUAUGUCAUUGACGUACCAUUGACAAAUCGUGGUCGUAUGCAUGCUUUUAAAACAGGUAAAGCAUUAUUAUUCAAUGGAUAUGCAGCAGAUAUUUGUUAUACAAGUCCAUCAUUACGAUGCGUUCAAAGUGCUGAUAGUAUUUUAAAUGGUAUGAGUCGAAAAAAUAUACCAAUGCAAUUAGAACCGGGAUUAUUUGAAUGUUAUUUAAAUGAUUUUAAGCGUACAUUAUGUUUUAUGACUAAAGAUGAAUUAGCAGCUAAUAGUUAUAAUAUUGAUAAAUCAUAUCAACCAUUAAUGCCAUUUAUGCGUCCACAUGAUAGUCAACUUGAUUAUUAUGAACGAUGUCGAGCAAUUAUGGAUGUUAUAACUGAACGACAUCAAGCUACAGGUGGAACUAUUUUAAUUGUAGCACAUGCUCCAAGUCUUGAAGGUCUUACAAGACAUUUAUCCGGUGGUAAACUUCAACCAGAAAAAUUAUUUGAUAUUGCUCGUCGAGUACCAUUUCUAGCAAUGACAAUAGUAGAAAAGAAUAGUAUAGAUAGUCCAUGGCUCUUUCGAACACAACCACUUCAAACAGGUGCAACACCAUCAAUGCGUGAAGUUGCAGUAGAAGUAGCUUCACCACCAACACCAGUGUCUACAGUUAUUUCUCAUCAUCCAACACCUCAACAAAAACAACCCCAACAACCAAGGCAACAGCAACGUCAACAACCACAGCAGCAGCAACAACAACAACAACAGCAACAACCGUCAUCAAUUCAAAUAAUGCCAGCACAACCUCAACAAGAACAAGAACAACAACGCCUUCAACAAAAUCAAAAUUUACGAAUUCGAGUACCAGCAGGUCCAAUACCAGUUGAUCCGAAGAAAGUAGCCAAAAGUUCAACAGCCCCAAAUUUACCAACAAGCAAUUCGUUAAGUGAAAUGUUUCGAGUUAUUUAA